CGAAAUCGUACGCUCCAUUUCCCUUUCCUCUCUCCCCGCCAACGGUUAGCCGCACCUGUCCCUUCCUCCUGCCAUCACGCCCACUGGGCCCCAUCGACAAUCAUGCCCUUUGAACGCUAUCUUCGCGACGACGACGACAGCAACAAUGCCCCUUUCUACACCGACUACAAUCCCUAUCACCAGCAGCAGCAGCAGCAGGUCCAGUUUCAGAUCCCCUCGUUUAUGCUCAAUGGCCCUCCUGCCCUCGCUCCAGGAGGCGGUGCCGAGGUCCUCCCUGUUGGCAUGCUAGACAAUAGCUCGUAUGCAUCCCAGUGGCUCCUCAACAAUGGCUUUGCUCCCUUCCACUCCCCAUCACCUGCCUUCUCUUGGAACAAGCAAUUCUCGAGUGACUCCAUUCCGUCUGAUAUCCCACCCCUUCCAUCCAUUGACCCGCACCAACUCCCACAUCCACCCUCACAGCCACCUUCCGUCUAUCACCAGCCACCCCUGUCCCACAUCUCCAUACCAUCCUCAACCCCUCCACUCCCGUCCCCCGAGCCAUCCCCCCACGUCCACCAUGUCCCUCAUGAGCUCAUAUCACCACCACAGAUCUACGGUGCCCCUUCCGCUGGUGGCCUCCCAGUAUAUUCAUCUUCAGGCUUUGAUCUUCUCUCCGUCCUUGCACGCGUUGUCACCCGCCCCCAUCCGAAAAUAGUCCUUGGUCCCAUUGAUGCUUCAUGUUCCUUCGUCGUCUCCGACGUCCGACGGCACGACGCUCCGAUCAUAUAUGCGUCCCCCUCAUUCUACCACCUCACUGGCUUUGACGAACAUGAGGUCAUCGGGAGGAAUUGUCGUUUCCUCCAAGCCCCUGACGGCAACGUGCAUCGUGGCGAGUUCAGACGAUUCGUCUCCCAGGAGGCCGUCACUCACCUCAAGAAAGCCCUCUCCGCCGAUAAGGAGUGUCAAGCCAGUUUGAUCAAUUACCGCAAGAACGGUCAAGCCUUCAUCAACCUCGUCACCGUCAUCCCUGUCACCGGCGGCAUCUCAAAUCGCCUCGAUGAGCAGGAUGAGAUCGCUUAUCACGUUGGCUUCCAAGUCGACCUCACCGAGCAGCCCAACGCCAUCCUCCAAAAGCUCAGGGACGGUAGCUAUAUUGUCAACUAUUCCUCGACGGCUUCGCUUCCCCAGUCAUUACCACUCUCGGCCCGAGACCGGCGACUUAUGGGCCCUCCGCCAGCUGCCAUCUCGAAAGACCUCAAGGCUCUACUCCUGGAUGACAAGUUUAUCGAUUCCAUUCCAUUGACGACAGCUGCCAAUCUCCCUAUCAGUUCCUCGUCCUCAAAGUCUGACACUAUUGAUGGCAACCAGCUGCUCAAUAUGGUUCUCCUCGAGAGCCUACCCGACUUUAUCCUCGUCUUAUCUCUCAAGGGUGCCUUCCUCUAUGUCGCACCGUCUGUUCGUCUAUCGCUCGGUUACGAAGCCGACGAAAUGGUGAACAAGAACAUGGACGAGUUCUGCCAUCAGGGCGAUAAAGUCCGGCUAGAGCGCGAGCUCAAAGAAUCUUCCGUCGUCCCCUCAGAGGCGGGUCUCUCUGCUCGUGCCAUCCCACGCCCCGUCGACGCCGUCUUCCGCGCGCGCAGCAAGGCGGGUCCGUACGUUUGGGUAGAAUGUCGCGGUCGGUUACACGUCGAACCUGGCAAGGGACGAAAGGCCAUCAUCCUCAGCGCCCGAGUCAAGCCGAUGGCGAGGUUGCUUUGGGGCUCGAUCGCGCAAGGUGGCGGGCUGGCCUACUCUCAGGAUAUGCAUGGUCGCGAGGGGCCAAGCGAGUUCUGGGGCAUGACCACUGCCAGUGGUACUCUCACCGUCGUCGGGGCCGGGGCGGAGCAGGUACUGGGGUGGAAGCAGGAGGAGAUGACGGGUCGGGAGUUGCAGAGUUUCGUGAGCGCUGCGGAGAGCAUCCGAAACGAACUGUCGCGCGAGCAGCCAUGUCCAAUCGUCUGCAACGCCCAUCGGAAGGAUGGCUCCAUGGCGCUCGUCCAGGUUGUCCUCUACCGUCUGGACGGUGAUGAUUCGUCGUCUUUGGGUAAUAGGUUCGUGUGCCAGGUCAAGGAGGCCGGGGCACACGUCCGGAACGACUUUUUGGACAUGAACACGGAUGUAUUCGAGGGGCUGGACGCUACCCGAGAGUCGGCGUGGCACUACGAGCUUGAGCAGCUGAAGAAGAAUUAUGAUCGGCUGGCGAGCGAAGUGCAGGCCCUGGAGGCGGGCACGGCGCGGCGGGACUCGCUUGCUUCGGGGUCGUCAGCAACACCCCCGCCGGCGGCGCAGUCGUCGACGCCGUUCCCAGUACCCAAGGAGUGGCGGAGUUUGGGGCAAAAGCGAGCUUGGGUAGGGGAUGACGGACCCUGAUAGAUGGGCUGGUUGGUCCAGCGGUUAUCUUGUUGUCGUUGUUGCUAUCGUAUGCUUUCGCUCAAAUAGUACAUUUACGAGCACAAAUAUUAUUUUGUAUGAGUAUAUACUUUGGCAGUCGGUAAUGGUACUAGUACGCGUACUUUGCCUUUUUUUAUUGGUGUUAUUGCAGGUACAAAUUAUCUUACGGUCUAACACGAU